AUGCCGUCAUCAUCGACACGGGGUUCGAGGAAACCCGCCUUCUUGAGCAAGUCGAAGCACAAGUCAGAUGACUGGUCUCAAAUCUUGGAUCCAGAAGAGAGGGAGCGCACUCGAAAUCGCGUAGCGAAGCGCAAAUCUCGGACCAAGGCCAGAGAUAAGGAGAACCGGAACUUGCAUAAUCUGAACCUCAAUGGUAGCUACCAAGGCCGCGGGGCGAAUGGUUUGGAUCUGACAGAAAGCGGAAUGGAUCCGUCACCAGUUUUGCCCUCGUUUAUCCAAAGCAGUCCUGGCUGUUCAGAGGCUAGACCUGGCGAGAGCUUUACAAUUCAAGAUGGUAACUACAUGCAGGGCCAGGCGGCGACGUACGUACCAGUACCUUAUGUUGACAAUCCCGCGGCAAUCACGCAAGCCGAAUCACACGCAUCGGUGCCGUGUCUGCGGUCGAUAAGCCAUGUGAAGCAGCAAGGACCCCAGGCGCAUACAACACCACCCGUUCAUGAGCAGCUCACAUAUCAAGCGCGAAGCGGCGCUAGGGAGGCAUUGGGCAUCAAAGCCGACCCUGACUACUCGCCAGAAAACUACCAUAAUUUCAACCUAUUCAACCAUAGGCAGGAUAUGGUACCGGGUCUGCAAGUUCUGUCAAUAUUGGGACAGCAUCAGCCACACUUGUCUGCCAUGACGACUAGUGGUAUGGGCCCCCAGGGCGAAAUGCUUUGUCCAUGCGCCCAAAGUACCUUAACGCAGCUUCAGACAACUGAGAAGAACAGAGAGACACAAGUCAGUGAGAUUGGUUCUCAAGGCUUUCUUGGCAUGCCUCCGAAUGCACCCGAACAACCUCAGGGCCCAGUUGCAGGUAGCCCGGCUGCAAAACUUAUUUCGCAGAAGAAUUGUGACGAAAAAAUUCCCUAUUACUGCAAUAAAACCCACAUGCCCGGACAUGUUAUCCAUACGGGUGAUCGAACCUACGAAUGUGCACAAUGCGUUAAUAUCUUUUCCCAAAGAGACAGCCUUGAACGCAACCUCCAAGAUUCUCCUUGGACUGAAUUUCUAAUAGGUUAUGGUAGCAUGGACACCACGCAGAAUUAUGACCAAGAAGGCCCAUACUCAAUGGUCAGGUCGGGAGCGCAUUCAUGGCAACGGCAGGAGGUAGGGCUGGUUCCGAUGGGCAUAGACAUCGAAACUGGCUCCAUAGCUGCCCCCCUUUGUCAAUCAAAUACUUGGCCGAUCAUUCGUAGCACAAACUGGAAUCUCAAAGCCUUACAGGAGCCAAGUGAUCUUCUAUCGACCCUGGCUCCAGCGCCUUACACGAAUACGGCCACUGUGGUUUUUCGAAAAGAAGGGGAUGAAGAUGAUAUCACCUCAUUUUUGAAGUACGAAUUGUCGCCAAGCGUGAAUGUUUGCUUGGAAAUGAAAGACAUGUUUCCAGAAUAUUCAUGGCAACACGACUUUGAUGUUAGCCAGCAUGUCACGGGGCUUACGGUUUGGUAUUACAUCCCGGACAGCACCAUUUCUGUCAGUUUUAAGCUUUGCGCUCAAAAAGUCUCAAGAUCAGGGAUCUUCGAUCACAACAGCGCAAUUAAAGGGUCAGAAAUCAUUUCAGCUCCCGCACCUGUCGAGCAUUCCCGCGUUGCGGCCUAUCUGUCGUCUUUAAAAGGCCACGCCGUAACAAAUCUUGAUCGUUUUGUAACCCAGUUCCGAGCGGUUAUCACACCAGUUUCAGCAGGGAAUCAAGAAGGGUCUUUGGCCAACUUAUUUAUUUCAUUCGAGCUGAACCCCAACGUUUCUGAAAAUGAUUUGCUCCACGAUGAUUCAGAAGGUAUCGAGUUGCUCAACGAACAGCGCAACCGCGAUGAGUAUGACUGCGAAUUUCUCCUUGAUCAACCUUCUCAGCAUGUUGUAGGUCAAGAGGCAGACGCACCGGAGCAUUUCCGGCAAGGAACACCUCACCAACCCGCCAACUCAGACACCUCCAUCCCAGGUACAUUCAAAAUCGGAAACCAACCAGAUGAUCGCAAACGCGUUCGUGAGACGACUGCCAGCACGGAGGAGAAAGAAUGUUUUCAGUGGCAGUCAAAUAUCAAAAAGGCAAACGAAUUUUGGAUGGUUGUUUAAAACAAAAAAGACUACCAAGGAAAAGCCAACGGCCUCCUGGUGGAAAUUUGCAAAGAGAUCUCGUUGGCCAGGGAUAUGCAGACAACACGCAGUCUGUAA